AUGAAGUCAUCCGCUUUGGUCUCCUUCGCCUUCGCUGCCCUGACUGUGGCUGUCAAGAAAACCCCAGUCCCAGACCCUUUUGGACUUUUGUUCACUCAUGAGAAUUAUAAGGGAGGCCGAUUCUUUAUCAGCGAUGAUUGCACUCCUAUCACUUCUGACUUCAUUGGUUCUAUCUGGAUCCCAACCAUAGAAGGCCAUACUAUAAAAUGUUUUCUGCAUGACGACGAAGAAUGCGGCGGUGGCUCAGUGGUCAUUUCGUAUAAUGAUUCCCAAACUGAUAUCCCAACUAAAAUUGGGGACCAGGUAGUGGCGGCUCAAUGCCUCUACUUCUAA